AUGAGAAGUAUCCGACCGUACGCUUCCGCCACUACUCAGAGUCCAUCCCUCUCCAUCACCCCGGUCUCGGGCAGUCUCGGUGCCAUAAUCAACGACGUCGACAUAUCCCAAACCCUCUCUCCAACGACCAUUGCCGCCAUCCGCGCCACUUUUCUCGAUCACGGCGUCAUAUUCUUCCGGCAACCAAAACCACUGUCACCAUCAGCCUUCCUCCGCUUCGCCACCUGUUUCGGCCAACCCCAGCGCUACCCUAUGGUCCGGGGUCUGGAUGAACACCCUGAGAUUAUCAAAGUCUUGAAGCUCAGACACGAGACUACCAACUUCGGCGGCAUAUGGCACGCCGACACCACUUACCUUCCCUCUCCACCGCUAGGUACCCUCCUCAUGGCUGAGGAAAUUCCGAUACGUGGCGGCGGAGACACGCUCUUCGCGAACCAGUAUCUUGCAUACGAGACUCUCUCUACAGGGUUGCAACAAACACUGUCCAAUUUACGCGGCGUGAGCACCUCCUCCAAAGCAGACGCCUCGAAGACACGCGAGGAUCGUAUUAAGGAUUCUGCCCCAUCCUCAGCGCCGGAAGUCUUCUCAGCAACACAUCCGGCCGUCCGGACGCACCCCGAGACGGGUCGCAAGUCACUCUACGUGAACGUAGCGCAUACGUCGCAUUUCGAUGGUUGGACCGAAGCGGAGUCGGCGCCGCUGCUGAAGUUCUUGCAUGAGUGGCAGACCAAACCAGAGUUCACCUGUCGAUUCAAGUGGGAGGUGGGUAGUCUGGCAUUUUGGGACAAUCGAUGUGUGCUACACAAUCCGAUAAAUGAUUAUCAAGGCGAGAAGAGGGAGAUGAUGAGGAUCACUCUGGCGGGAGAUGUCCCUGUGUGA